AUGACAUACAUGCAAGAUAAUCCAGCAAUGCUUUGCUUAAAGUUUCUACUUUUCGCUCUCAUUUUGAUCCACUUGCUACCUACUCAACUCGUUGCUCAAAGAUCUAAAACUCCAUGGCAGACACUCACUGGAGAUGCUCCUCUUGUCAUUGCUCGUGGUGGGUUUUCUGGGUUAUUACCAGAUUCGAGUCUGGAUGCUUACAGUUUUGUAUCUCAGACAAGCGUGCCCAAUGCUGUUCUGUGGUGUGAUGUGCAACUAACCAAGGAUGGAACUGGGAUUUGCUUCCCUGAUUUGACAAUGAUGAAUGCUUCUAAUAUCCAAGAUGCUUACCCUAAACGGAAAAACUCUUACCUUGUUAAUGGAGUCCCUACUCAGGACUGGUUCACCAUUGAUUUCACCUUCAAGGAUCUCAGUAGCGUUUUCUUGAUCCGAGGAAUAUUAUCACGGUCUGAUGCAUUCGACGACAACCGAUACACGAUUUCAACAGUUCAAGAUGUAGCUACGCAGUUGAAACCCGUCGGUUUUUGGUUAAAUGUUCAGUACGACGCUUUCUAUGCGCAACACAAUCUGAGCAUGAGUACCUUUCUGCUAUCAGUUUCCAAAACUGUGGCUAUUGACUAUCUCUCUUCCCCUGAGGUGAAUUUCUUUCGCAAUAUUGGUAGCCGUUUUGGAAAAAAGGGGCCAAAGUUUGUGUUCCGGUUUCUCGAGAAAGAUGAUGUUGAGGUGUCAACUAACCAAACUUAUGGAUCUCUCAUGAAAAACUUAACUUUCGUCAAGACGUUUGCUUCAGGAGUUCUUGUUCCCAAAUCUUACAUAUGGCCGGUCGAUAGCCAAUACUUGCUUCCACAUACAUCAUUCGUUCAAGAUGCUCACAAAGCAGGAUUAGAAGUAUAUGCAUCAGGUUUUGCAAAUGAUUUCGAUAUUGCAUACAACUACAGUUUUGACCCGUUGGCCGAGUACUUAUCCUUCAUGGACAACGGGGAUUUCUCCGUGGAUGGCGUGCUAUCUGACUUUCCACUAACUGCAUCUUCGGCUGUUGACUGCUUCUCCCAUCUUGGAAGUAAUGCUUCAACACAAGUGGAUUUUCUUGUUAUAUCCAAAAAUGGAGCAAGUGGAGACUACCCUGGCUGCACUGACUUGGCCUAUUCAAAGGCUAUCAAAGACGGUGCUGAUAUUAUUGAUUGCUCUCUUCAAAUGUCAUCAGACGGGAUUCCGUUUUGCUUAAGCUCAAUUGAUCUUGGAGAGAGCAUGAACAUUAUCCAAAGUCCAUUCAGAAACCGUUCAGCAACUGUUCCUGAGAUCGGGCCACUUGAUGGAUUAUACAGCUUUAGUCUGUCAUGGUCUGAGAUUCAGACCUUGAGACCGGCUAUUACGAACCCCUACAACAGGGAUUUCACCUUGUUUAGGAAUCCGAGGGAGAAAAAUUCCGGGAAGCUUGUUUCACUUUCUGAUUUCCUGAACUUGGCAAAAAACUCCAGCUCUCUCGCUGGUGUUUUGAUCAGCGUGGAGAAUGCAGCAUACCUGAGAGAGAAGCAAGGGCUCGACGUUGUUAAAGCAGUUCUCGAUACACUUACAAAAGCUGGUUUCGGCAAUGCGACAGCAACAACCACAAAGGUUAUGAUUCAGUCCACUAACAGCUCAGUUUUAGCUGACUUCAAGAAACAGAGCCGGUACGAGACAGUAUACAAAGUUGAAGAAACAAUCAGUGAUAUCCUUAACUCUGCAAUCGAAGACAUUAAGAAAUUCGCUGACGCUGUUGUCAUCAGUAAAAAAUCAGUCUUCCCCGUCAGCGCAAGCUUCACCACCAGACAAACCAAUCUAGUGGAGAGGCUACAGAAGUUUCAGCUUCCGGUUUACGUUGAACUGUUCCGGAACGAGUUUGUUUCUCAACCGUGGGAUUUCUUCGCUGAUGCAACGGUCGAGAUAAACUCGCAUGUUACUGGAGCUGGUAUCAAUGGAACCAUCACUGAGUUCCCUCUCACAGCCGCGAGAUACAAAAGGAACCAAUGCUUGACCCGCAAAGACGCGCCUCCUUACAUGAUCCCGGUUCAGCCCGGUGGCCUCUUAACCAUCGUGAGUCCUACUUCUUUACCUCCAGCGGAAGCACCAAACCCGGUUUUCACAGAUGCUGAUGUCAGUGAACCACCACUACCUCCGGUUAUAGCUAGAUCCCCAACCGCAAGCCCUGGACCCUUAUCAACGGGUGAAGAAUCUCCCAACGGACAAACCCGAGUCACUCUGUCUCUUCUUCUUUCUGCGUUCGCUACGAUUAUCGCCUCUCUUCUCCUAGUGUGGUCACAUUGA